AUGCUAGUACUAGAAACCUUUUUUUCCCUAUGUCACCGUGUCGAGACCAGCGGAGGACAGCGUGUGGACGACAAUUGCGUCAACAGUGAGGCAGGAGAGUAUGAGAACGGGGCGAUGGAUGCGAAGCCUGAUGAGGCGACGGUGCACAUCUCAUUGACGGUUCGGCCUGUAUUUGCUGUGAAGAGAGAUAUCAGCGGUUGGUGGACCUUCGAACUCGUAACCCGAAAUUUGAAUGCAGAGGGAUGCGACGAGAUUGCGCGGUGGCCAGUCAAGGUUCUGAAAUUUGGUCACAAAUCUGAGCUUUCUGUGGGUCUCGACAACACCAUCCCAGCCGUGACUUUCAUCUUACCAAUGCCACCGAUUAUGGCUCACGGUAAAGAUAGUUGCCAUCUCUCCAUCUCUUAUAUCUUGGUGAUUGUAGCUGUGAUCUCCAUAUACAAAGCACUACAUGUAGUGCAAGAGGAUGGCAAUACUGCUCAAGACAAAAGAUCAAUAUAUUAUUGUUUGGAAGUCCGGUCUCGUGACUGGAAAAAGACCAUAACCAGACUUGAGUCUGGACCAAGACCGCAAAAGACCAGACCUGCGGUUACGGUCUUUUAUUUUUGA